AGUUGGGCUGCGGCUGGGUGCGCGUCAGUGCUCGGGGGUGCCCGUGGCUGGGGCAGCCGAGCCGGCGGGGCUGGGCGCAGAACGGUGAAAUGUUCCAACAUUCCAACAUUGAGGAAGCAGAAGGAGAUGGAGACUGACCCCUGACUGCCAACCUCAGGCAGCAGUCAGGGUGGCAAAACCCAGGAGAGAAGAACCCUUGCAGCCCCCAGCCCUCCAUCGCUGCCCAGAGGCAGCGGCGAGGAUGGCCCCGGGCGCGCCCGGCGGGGCGGGAGUGUGGCGGCAGACGCGGGCGCUGCUCUUCAAGAACUGCCUGCUCAAGUGCAGGACCAAGAAAAGCAGCGUGCAGGAGGUGCUUUUCCCCCUGUUUUUCCUCUUCUGGCUGAUCCUGAUGAGCAUGAUGGCUCCCCCGUGUCCCGCAGCCGCCUGCUCCAGCCUGCGCAGGAGCUGCGACUCCGUCACCUACUGGAGCUCGGGCUUCACGGCGCUGCAGGCCUGCAUCGACGCGGCCAUCAUCCAGCUGAAGACAAACCAUUCUGUUUGGGAGCAGCUGGAUCUGACCAGAGCCGUGGUGAUGGGAGAGGAUGCCGUGGUGGAAAUUGAUAAUUUCCCUCGUGCAAUCAUUUUAAUUUACCUGGUGAUUGCAUUCUCCCCCUUUGGGUAUUAUUUGGCAAUUCACAUCGUGGCAGAAAAGGAGAGGAAGCUGAAGGAGUUCUUGAAAAUUUUGGGACUCCAUGACACUGCCUUCUGGCUGUCCUGGGUGCUGCUCUACGUGAGCCUGAUUUUUGUCAUGUCCAUCCUCAUGGCCGUGAUCGCCACGGCCUCGUCCCUCUUCCCCCAGAGCAGUGCCUUUGUCAUAUUCCUCCUUUUUUUCCUCUAUGGAACCUCCUCUGUUUUCUUUGCCCUGAUGCUGACCCCUCUGUUUAAGAAGUCCAAGCACGUGGGGAUAGUGGAGUUCCUGGCAACUCUGGUUUUUGGCUUCGUGGGCCUCAACAUCGUCCUGCUGGAGGAUUUCCCCAAAUCCUUCGUGUGGAUCCUCAGCCCUUUGUGUCAGUGCAGCUUCUUGAUUGGUGUUGCUCAGGUCAUGCAUCUGGAGGAUUAUGAGGAUGGGGCAACAUUUGCAAACAUCAAUGCUGGUCCUUACCCACUCUGCAUCUCUCUGAUUCUCCUGGUGCUGGACAGCAUCUUUUACCUGCUUGUAGCUGUUUACCUUGACCAGGUGAUGCCAGGGGAGUUUGGCCUGCGCCGCACGCCCUUUUUCUUCAUGAAGCCCUCCUUUUGGUCCAAGCACAGGAAGAACUACAAGGAGCUCUACGAGAGCAGCACCAACGGCAGCCUGAGCUGCAGUGAGAUCGUGGAGCCCGUGCCUGCAGAAUUCCAGGGCAAGGAAGCCAUCAGAAUCAGCUCUGUUCAGAAAACAUUCAGGAAAAAGGGAGAAACCGUGGAGGCUCUCAGAAAUUUGUCCUUUGACAUCUACGAGGGGCAGAUCACGGCGCUGCUGGGCCACAGCGGCACCGGGAAGACGACGCUGAUGAACAUCCUCUGCGGGCUCUGCCCUCCCAGCGACGGGUUUGUCUCAGUCUAUGGGCACAGAGUGUCUGAGAUCGACGAGAUGCUGGAGGUGCGGCAGAUCACGGGAGUGUGCCCCCAGGCCGACAUCCACUUCGACAUUUUAACUGUGGAGGAGAACCUCUCCAUCUUUGCUGCCAUCAAGGGCAUCCCUCAGAACGAUUUGAUACAAGAGGUGCAGAAGGUGUUGCUGGAUUUGGAGAUGCAGCCCAUCAGGGACAAUCAAGCCAAAAAAUUAAGUAGGGGGCAGAAGAGGAGGCUGUCAGUGGGAGUUGCUGUUCUUGGGAACCCCAAGGUCCUGCUGCUGGACGAGCCCACGGCGGGGAUGGAUCCCUGCUCCCGCCACAUCGUCUGGAACCUGCUGAGGAGCAGGAAGGCCAACCGUGUGACUGUGUUCAGCACCCACUUCAUGGACGAGGCUGACAUCCUGGCUGAUCGUAAAGCUGUGAUUUCCCAAGGGAUGCUGAAAUGCCUCGGCUCUUCCCUUUUCCUCAAGAGCAAGUGGGGCAUUGGCUACCGCCUGAGCAUGCACAUCGAUGCCUACUGCAACACAGAGGCCACCACCUCUCUGAUCAGGCAGCACAUCCCUGCAGCCAGCCUGAUCCAGCAGAGCAGCGAGCAGCUCGUGUACAGCCUCCCUCUCAGGGACAUGGACAAGUUUGCAGGUUUGUUCUCGGACCUGGACACCCAUUCCCACCUGGGCGUCAUCACCUAUGGCGUGUCCAUGACCACGCUGGAGGACGUUUACCUGAAGCUGGAAGUGGAGGCAGAGAUUGAUCAAGCAGAUUACAGCGUGUUCCACUCGCAGCAAGCCCAGGAGGAGGUGGACACGAAAUCCCUGGAUGACAUGGAGCAGAGCCUGCUGAUGCUCUCUGAGGCCAAGGCACCAGCCACGAGCAACUCAGCCCUGUGGAAGAAGCAGGUUGCCACCAUAGCCAAAGUGCACUUCCUCAGCCUGAAACGGGAGAACAAAUGUGUCAGAGUUAUGUUGUUGCUUUUCCUCAUUUUCCUUGUAGUUCAGAUUUUGUUGUUUUUCAUACACCACAUCAUCAAAAAUGCUGUAGCUGCUAUCAAACUCUCCCCAGAUUUGUACUUGCUGAAGCCUGGAGAGAACUAUCACAAGUACAGGAGUCGGCUCCUGCUGCAGAACUCCACAGAGUCGGAUAUCAGUGACAUUGUGCACUCCCUGGGGAGCAUGAACAUCCUCUGGGAGAUGUUCAAUGACAGUGACUAUGUCUCAGUGGCACCUCACAGUGCAGCUCUGAAUGUCUUUGCCCUCCAGUCCAGGCAGAAUUACGUUUUCAACAUCAUAUUCAACAGCACCAUGGUGCAUUCCGUGCCAGUUCUGAUGAAUAUUGUCAGCAACCUCCUCCUGCGCAGUUUGAACGUGACUGAGAGCAUCCAGAUCUGGAGCAACCCCUUGAUUCAGGAUCUCCCAGACACAAUUUUCAGGCUGGAGAUCUAUUUUGAAGCCGUGUUACUGGGGAUCAUCAUCACGGGGAUGCCACCCUACUUCGCCAUGGACAACGCAGAAAACCACAAGAUCAAGGCUUACACCCAGCUGAAGAUUGCAGGGCUCUAUCCCUCGGCUUACUGGGCUGGCCAGGCUGUGGUGGACCUGCCUCUGUUCUUCUCCAUCCUCACCCUGAUGAUUGGCAGCCUCUUCGCCUUCCACUACGGCGUUUACUUCUACGUGGGCAAGUUCCUGGCUGUGAUUUUUUGCCUGAUUGGUUAUGUCCCCUCAGUUGUGCUCUUCACCUACGUGGUCUCCUUCACCUUCAAAAAAGUCCAGAACACGAAGGAAUUUUGGUCAUUUAUAUUUUCAGUGACAGCCUUGCUCUGCACGGUAGUCACUGAAGUGUCCUUUUUCCUGGACCAUUACCUGGUGACCACCAUCCUGCAUUAUGUCUUCUCCAUCUCCAUUCCUAUUUAUCCCCUUAUUGGCUGCCUGAUCUGUUUUAUAAAGGUCUCGUGGAAAGGCAAGAGUGUGAGUGCAGGGUACCAGGACCCCUGGGACCGGCUGCUGGUGGCAGUUCUGGCUCCCUACCUGCAGUGCGUGCUGUGGCUGUUCCUGCUGCGCUGCUUCGAGCUGAAGAACGGAGGCAGGACGGUGAGAGAAGAUCCCUUCUUCAGGAAAUGUUUCACCAAAGCCAAGCCCUGGAAGUUCCCAGAUGUGCCCCACGAGGGGAGCGAGGACGAGGACGUGAGGGCAGAGAGGCUGCGAGUCCGAGAGAUCCUGAGCAGCCCCAGGAGUGAGGAGAUGCCAGCAAUCCUGGUCAGCAGCCUGCACAAAGAGUUUGAUGAAAGGAAGGAAUUUCUUCCGGGCAGAAAAAUAAAGAAAGUGGCGACCAAACAUGUUUCCCUCUGUGUGAAGAAAGGAGAAAUCCUGGGUUUGUUGGGACCCAAUGGAGCUGGGAAAAGCACAUUAAUUAAUAUGCUUGUUGGAGAGAUUGAGCCAACCAGUGGGCAGGUUCUGAUGGGAGAUGAUUCCUUGGGGCUGAGCAGUGAGGAGGAUUCAGUGAAAUUCGUGGGGUACUGUCCUCAAACAAAUCCUCUCUGGCCAGAUAUCACAUUGCAGGAGCACUUUGAGAUUUAUGGUGCCAUCAAAGGCAUGAGCCAGUCUGAUGUUCAAGAGGUCAUCAAGCGCAUCGCCAGCGUGCUGGAUUUAAAGGACCACCUGCAGAAGACGACGAAGAAGUUGGGAAUGGGGCUGAAACGCAAGCUCUGCUUUGCCCUCAGCAUGCUGGGCAACCCGCGGGUGACGCUGCUGGACGAGCCCUCCACCGGGAUGGACCCCAAGGCCAAGCAGCACAUGUGGCGGGCGAUCCGAGCAGCCUUUAAGAACAAGGAGAGAGCAGCAAUCCUGACCACGCACUACAUGGAGGAGGCAGAUGCUGUCUGUGACCGUGUGGCCAUCCUGGUGUCAGGGCAGCUCAGGUGUAUAGGUACUGUCCAACACCUGAAGAGCAAGUUUGGCAGAGGAUACUUCUUGGAAAUGAAAUUAGGGGAAGCAGCAGAUGUGCAGCAGGUGGAGUAUCUGCAGAACCAGAUUUUGCACAUCUUCCCCAACGCCAGCCGCCAGGAAAGUUUUGCUUCUAUCUUGGCGUAUAAAAUUCCUAAAGAAGAUGUACAGUCACUUUCACAUUCUUUUUCCAAGCUGGAGGAAGUAAAACACACCUUCAACAUCGAGGAGUACAGCUUUUCUCAAGCAACACUGGAACAGGUGUUUGUGGAGCUGGCUAAAGAGCAGGAGGAGGAGGACAGCAGCUUUGGCACCCUGAACAGCAGCCUGUGGUGGGAGAGGACGCAGGAGGACCGAGUCAUUUUCUGAGCUCCUCGUGCUCCUGUGGGUGCCAGCACCAAUCCUCCCUCUGCUCCUGGAGCUGGGGUGGGCAAGGCCAGCUGGGUUUGGGGGCCCUGAGCGUGUCCCAUCGUCCUGGCCUUGGAAAUAACGCCGCAGGAGCCGUGAGCAUCCCACUGCUCCUCUGGCUGACCCUGAAUCCUCCUCCCCUCGCUGCCCCCGGGUUCUGCUGGGCAGGAGGGCACUGCCACAGCAUCUCCUGGGGCU